GAUGUUACACUCAUAAAUAGAGUGAAAAUUGAAUAAGAAGUUUAUAUAUGAGAGCUGCUGCAGCUUCUCAAUUCUUGUUGAAUUUGAAUCUAAACCCAAAAAAUACGAACGAUGUCUGGAUCGAGUCAAGACUCUUCUUUCGAGCAGCCAAGAUUGGCAACUAAGAAAAUCUUGGCCAGACCUCAGAGUGAAGGUGUUGGAGCUGUUGUUAGAAGAAGCAUCGGAAGGCCCGAAUUGAAGUACUUCGAUCCUUUCCUCGUAUUGGACGAGUUUGCAGUUUCAGCUCCAGCCGGAUUUCCCGACCAUCCACAUCGAGGUUUUGAGACUGUUACAUACAUGUUGCAGGGAGCUUUCACUCAUCAAGAUUUUGCUGGUCACAUGGGUACAAUACACACGGGUGAUGUGCAGUGGAUGACUGCGGGGAGGGGUAUUAUUCAUUCAGAAAUGCCGGCUGGAGAAGGUACUCAAAGAGGUUUGCAAUUGUGGAUAAAUCUCUCUUCCAAUAACAAAAUGAUUGAACCAAGGUAUCAAGAACUGCUAGAUGAGGACAUUCCAAGGGCACAGAAAGAUGGAGUCGAGGUUAAAGUCAUUGCAGGGGAAGCUAUGGGGAUUCAUUCUCCUGUAUGUACUCGGACUCCUACUCUGUACCUCGAUUUCACCCUGAAACCCCACUCUCAAUAUCAUCAAAGCAUCCCAGAAUCAUGGAAUGCUUUUGUGUACAUAAUUGAAGGCGAAGGGGUGUUCAGCUCCCUCAACUCACCAGCCACAACAGCUCACCAUCUACUGAUUUUGGGUCCAGGAGAUGGCCUAAGUGUAUGGAACAAGUCUUCUUCGAAGAUAUUGAGAUUUAUUUUGGUAGGUGGGCAGCCACUCAACGAACCGGUAGUUCAGCACGGUCCAUUCACCAUUUCUGAUCAGGUAUGGCAUCAUUUUGAAGAUAAUCUUUCAGGAAUAAUAAGAAGCAUAAGGAGAUAUGACGGAUCAUUUGAAGAGUCUACCACUGAUUUUACUUCUCCAUACAGUAUCUCCUAUAUUAGUUCUUUGACGUACUCCACUGAUGGGAUCUUAAAGAUCCACAUUGAUGUAUGCGUCAAGGAUGAUUUUGCUAAUAGUGGGAUAUUAUUCAAGACCAGAAUAGACACUGCAUUAGGGCUUUCUGGUCAUCAUAUGGAGUGUCUUAUUCAGGAGGUUGAGAUGGGAUUUUACUUGCUCGAAGACUUGGAUUAUCACACAUCUGGGUGGAAGCAAACUUGUCUAUAG